AAUAGAAAUUGAUUAUGAAAGCAGAUAAUUCUAAAUGUUUUGGAUGCAGUAAGAAGGAAGUAGAAUACUUAUAGAUCGAGGACACGUAAUCAAGUUAUGCUUUGUGUGACACUUGCUAUAAAGAUAAAAAAGAAAAUAUUAAAUCAAAAUAUUUAACAAAAGAUAGCUUCCUUAAAAGGUAUGAGGAAAAACUUAAGAAAGGGUUCCCUAAUUAUUUUAAGAUGCUCUAAUUUAAGUAGAAUAUUGAUAAACUAAAAUUAUGGGAAAAAUAAAUUCAUCUGGAAGAUGCUUUAGUAUUUAUUAAAAAUAAAAACUACACCUAAUAGAACUUCUAACUUUUGGGAACCUUUUUUUAGAAGAAGGGAAGAAAUAUGGAUAAGGUGGCUAACUAGUUAUUAAAUUUCUUGAAUGCCAAUAAGUUCGAUAUAUCAAAUCCUAUUCAAUUUACGGAACAAAACAAAAACGACAAAUUUAAAGAUAGAUUCUAUAAGUAUUUGUAGGAGAUCAUUUAAAAAUAAUAAUUCUAGGAUAUAAUAAAAUAUAUUGACGCUGAGAUUGAAAAUAAAUUAUCUAAAAUUCCUCAAGAAUUUUAAAAAGUGGGAAAUGAAUUUAAGGAUGAAGCUGAUGAGUAAGAGCAAAAUAAAUAUUUUGGUUAUAUAAACCUUUAUGAUUUCAAAAAUGGGAAAGGUAUUUUUAAAAGAAAAGAUAUAAUUUAUUAUGGAAUUUUUGAGUGUGAUAUUUUUAAAUAUGGAGUAAAGUUUGAAUAGAUCUCAUAAGAUGAGGGUCAGUUCUUCUUUGGAUAAUUUGUUAGGGAAGAAAUUCAAGGGUUUGGCAAGAUGCUAGCAUAUCAACUUGACAAUUAAAUUAUGUAUUAAGAGUAUGAGGGAAAUUUUGAGAAUGGAUUGAGACAUGGAAAAGGAAAGUUUACAUGGAAACAAAAUAAUAAAACCUUAAUAUAUGAGGGAGAUUGGUAAAAAAACUUAUAACAUGGGGAAGGCAAUAUUACUAAUUUAAGUAGUAGUAAGAAUGUUCAAUAUGAAGAAGGGAAAUUAAAAAAAGAUUAAUUAUUUCAAACAUUUGGUUAAUAAAUGAUGGGUUUCUAACCAAAUUUUCAAAGCUUUGAUCAGUCCUAAGCCCUAAAAAGUCAAAAAAUAUCACCUUAAAUUGGAACUCCUUUUCAAAAUCCCGCUUUAUCUAAUGGCUUGAAUCAAAUUCAAACUACUUAACCAGUUCCUGGAAAUAUUAAUAAGAUUCAAAGUAUACAAUAAUAAAAUUAAAGACUAUCAACAUUUCAAGUGGCAAACUUAAUUGACUCAAACAGGUAAAUACAGUAAUUUAAUACAGAAACUAUUAAAUUCUAAACACCGAAUUUUUCAAUUGGUACCUAAAUUCAAUAAUAAUAAAUAUCAAGCGAUUCAACAAAAUAAAUGCAGUAAUUUAGCUCAGAAAUUAAAUUUAAUAAAAAAAAUAUGUAGACUACUAUUUAACCCAAUUAAUAAUCCGUUGAUCAGCAAAAUUUUAAAAGUCCUUGUACAUUAUAGAUUGAUGCUUUCAGAGCUUAAACAUAAACAUUUCAAUGUAAUCCCCACACUCAAGCUGCGAAAAAUUAUGAUAUCACUGUAAAACAAAACAUCGGUGGAAUAUCAAAUCGAUAAACUAUGAGUUAUAAAUGAUAUUUUAACAGUCGAGAGG